GACCCGCUUCUCCACGGAAGGAGACUUUUCGCCCCACCAGGCAUAUCUACUAACGUGAAAAAGGGACCGUUGGGCGGCGGGGUUAAAUUGUCUCCUUGCUGCUUGCAGAGACUUGGCUUGUCCAGCGGCGCCCACAUAUAUAACCCCCUGACACGCAGAGAAAUCCCCUCACCGUCCCAGAACAUACCGCAUUUCACACCUCCCAUUCAGCACCACCAUGUCCGCCGAAAAGCAAUCCUACUCAAUGCAACAGCAGGGCUACCCGCAACAGCAGGCUCCCCCCCAGUACCAACCCGCCGCCGCCCACCCCGCCCAUCCCACCACCGCCUACGCCGCGCACCCCGCCAUGCAGAUGCAGCAAUACCCACCCCAACAACAACCCUACGCCCCCACCGGCCAACCCAUCGUCUACGCCCAACCCGCCGCCUACCCACCGCAACAACCCGCCUACGCCGCCGACGGCACGCCCCUCCCCCCGCAGCAGAUUAUCUACGUCUCCGCGGGCUGCCAGCAUGACUUUGUAAAGACGGGCGAUUGGACCGCGAUGGACUGGGUGUUGUGUAUCUUCUUCUGUCCGUUCAACUUCUGCUGUUGUCCGCCGGGCAACCAGGAGAAGUGUCGGAAGUGUGGGAUGAAUAACGUGAGUUGGAAAACGGGAGAGGACGUUAUGUGCCAGGAAGGGCGUGGUUUACUGAACUUUUUUUUUUCUUUUCUUUGCAGAACUCUAUAUAGUCAACUGCUAUCGAUCAUUCGCGCAGAUGGAAUACCGACGACGACGGGCGCAGGAGCCGCGGUUCCUGCCGUCCCGCCACCAUGCUGUCCUCCCGCGACCAACUAGUCAAACACCCCAUGAGAGCAGACAGACAGAUAGCCCACUCGGUGUAUCGAUCCCCAUACUCGAUGGCAGCGCUGGACAUUGCCACGAGUGCCCCACCGGUUGGAAAAAUAUAUAUAAUGGCGCCUCCAUUUGCGUAAUAAUAUAGUCAUAUUUUGAUGGAACUAGGGUCUCUUGCCC